CAACUUGCGCGAGACAUAAAAAUUCUUCUAUUAUACCAUAACUUUGUUCUCACUGGUUCCAGGUUAUUUCCAGCGAAUGUUAUUGAAGUCGGAGGCUACCAUGUAGUCAAAGCAAAGCCAUUGACCGGACCUUUUGAAGUUUGUUGAAGAGGCAGAACAUGGGGUUAUAUACAUAAGUUUUGGCUCAGUUGUCAAAAGUUCCACUAUGCCUGAUGAAAAACUGCAAGCAGUUUUAGGAGCGAUUUCUGAACUUCCUCAGCGUUUUAUUUGGAAGUGGGAGAGCAAAACUAUAUUGUUGGACAAAAAUAAACUUUACCUUGCUGAAUGGUUGCCACAAGUCGAUAUAUUAGGGCACCCAAAAACGUUAGCUUUUCUUUCUCAUGCGGGGAUGGGAGGAACAACAGAAGCCAUUCAUUUUGGAGUGCCUGUGGUUGCAAUGCCCGUUUUAGGAGACCAGCCUUCUAAUGCAGCAGCAAUCGAAGAGAGUGGCCUAGGGGUUCAGUUACAAAUCGAAGAUCUCACUAAAGAUAACCUUAUUGCUGCAUUUAAAAAAGUUCUAGAUCGAAAAUUCAAAGCAAAUGUGGACGAAGUAUCAAAAGCAUGGCACGAUCGACCAAUACCACCUUUGGAGAGUGCGGUGUUCUGGACUGAGUUCGUAGCUCGUCAUCCAAACAUCACGUACAAAACUGCGGCUGUCGACACGCCCCUCUAUCAAUAUUUCUGCCUUGAUGUUAUUAGCGCAUUUUCUAUAGCUAUCGUUUUAAUAUAUGCUAUUUUAAGAUGGAUUAUAUCGGGAAUAUGUCGAAGAACAACAAAAGAAAAAAGUAUUAAUAAUCUUAAGAAAAAAUCAAAACGAGCUUAAGCUCGCUAUAAUCAAAGUCUACGCCAAAUCAUUUAUUUCGAUUAGGCCUAUUAAAAAUACACUUUUGUAAGUCAAACUUACAAGUAAAAAUAUGUUUUAAAAAUGACUAGUUGUCCCUUCUGAAGGUAGUUUCAAAUGGGAAGAUUGGCAAGUAACUCCAUACUUACUCUUUUAAAAUAGUUUUUAUUAGUUUGUAUACAUUAAUUUCGUGAUUAUAUGUAAAGACGAUGCACCAAGAACAAAAAAACGACUAUACUAAAAAUAGGCGCAUAGUGUAAUAAAACAAUGCAGCAGAUAACUAUAUUAUUAUACAUACUUAGUCACAUAUGGACAAAUAUUGCAACCAUAGAUUUUAUAUUAUUCUUUACAAAAAAGAAAUAGUUAACAUACAGUCAAACAGUGAGCUACGUUUAAAAAAAACUAAUCAAAGUUGAUUAGUUUUUUUAAAGCAAAUAUACGUAUAAACCUAUGCAACUAGAUUAGAAACCUGACUUAGUCUAGUUUGAUAGAUAAAGCAGGACCAGCCGGUUUCUAAGCAUUUUUUAUCUUCAAUGUGUUUAUUCUUAGUCGCUUAUCGAAACCAAAAAUAGGAAAUACUUGUAUUAUAUUAUUAGAUUUUUAGUAUAAUUCGAUUGCUACUUAGUAACUAUCAAAUCAUAUUCUAAUUACGUUACGUAAAUUAUAUUUAUAGGUAAACUUUAUGUGGAGGUUUGCGCACGUACUUCUGCUUGCAAACUAAUCACUGGAACUGCAACUACAUGUGAGGCUAUUACAAAAAAUACAUUAAAUCUUAUCUAAAAUCUAAAUAAUUAAUAAUAACUAAGCCUCAUUUAUUCCUUGAAACGUUUACAAAAUAACACACUUAAAAUAAAUUACAUAAUAUAUAUUUUUAAGGACCUCCUAUAGGCUUCCUACAAUUGGUUACAUAUCUGUGUUAACAACUAAUUAAUCUGAUAUAUAUUCGAUUAACGUGAUUGCUACGUGUUUAAAUAUAAUACUCAUAUCAUUUAACUCAAAGUUUCGAAUGCUUCACCUGAUAACGACUUCUGGAACGCAUUCGAAACGUCGAGAGUUUAAGAGAUUCAGGACCUGAGAAUCUUUUUUCCUUCGAAAUUUCAUGAACUGUGAACUGCCGUGGCCAUGAUUCGUGUUUCUUACUCUGGACCUCCACAGCAGUACCUACGUCCACACAGUCGCCGAUUGCGUAUUGUCGCUUGCCCUGCUAGCCUACUUGAAGCUCCUAUUGAACAAACUCAAUUUUUUUCUAUAUUUGUACAUAUACUCGUGAACGGAUACUACUUGUGGUGACUGGGCGUACUUGAAUUUGUGUAUGCGG